GCCCGUACAGUCAUGGCGGCCGCCAAGGCUGGGGCUUCAGCUCCUGAGGCGGCGGGUUCCGCCGAAGCUCCGUUGCAGUACAGCCUUCUUCUUCAGCACCUGGUGGGCGACAAGCGUCAGCCACGGCUUCUGGAGCCUGGCAGUCUGGGCGGGAUCCCGAGUCCUGCCAAGAGCGAGGAGCAGAAGAUGAUCGAGAGGGCGAUGGAAAGUUGCGCCUUCAAGGCUGUGCUGGCCUGUGUGGGAGGAUUUGUCUUGGGAGGCGCAUUUGGUGUCUUUACUGCUGGCAUUGAUACCAACGUGGGCUUUGACCCCAAGGACCCUUACCGGACACCAACUGCAAGAGAAGUCCUGAAGGACAUGGGACAGAGAGGAAUGUCCUAUGCCAAAAAUUUUGCCAUUGUGGGUGCCAUGUUUUCCUGUACUGAGUGUCUGGUAGAGUCUUACCGGGGGAAGUCAGACUGGAAGAACAGCGUCAUCAGCGGCUGCAUCACUGGUGGAGCCAUCGGCUUCAGAGCUGGAGUAAAGGCCGGGGCCAUAGGUUGUGGAGGUUUUGCUGCUUUCUCUGCUGCAAUCGAUUAUUACCUACGGUGAAAGAAAUAGCCUGAAAGGAAGAGGACGCCAGCCACCUUCAGGGCUGUCCUUUGGAGCAGUUCCUGCACACUUGCCAUUGCUUCAGGGGUGAAGCCAGUUGUUUCCCUCUACAGUAGGCAGUGGGAGGGACACUCCUGUUGCUCUCUCUCUCCAGCCAUCUGAGCAACCAUGCUGUCUACUUCUGAAUUCCAACCAGGUUUCUCAGGAGAGAUGGUAUGCGCAAUUGUCUCCUUGCAGUGAACAGAUCAGGAGGCAGUGUGUGCACUGUUAAAAGAAUUAAGUGUGAACCAAGCUCAGUUCUGACCUUGUUCAACUCUCCAGCUGUGAACAGGGAGGUGUCAGUGUUCGCCCAUAGCCACCUCUUCCUUCAAACUGUGUUGUGCAAGCAUCCAUCUUGAGUUCCAGGACAGGGCAAAGUAAACUCACGCCACCCAGGCGAUUAUGUAAUUCCAGUAUCUUUGCUGUCCUUGUUAAAAAUAUGUAUAUGGGCUGGUAAGGUGGCUCGACAGUUAAUAAUAGUUAAUAGCUGCUAUUCCAGAGGUCCCAGAUUUGGUUCCCAGCACCUACUUUGUGGCUUCCAACCAUCUGUAACUCUAGUUCCAGGGAUCUAAGGUCCUCUUCUGACCUCUGAGGACACCAGGCACCUGAGUGGUACACAGACAUACAUACUUGCACGCAAAAUACCCAUUUUUUUAAGAGCAUAUGUACUGUUAUAAGGAGCUAGUUUUUCAGAUUUCACACGUCUGUCAAAAGAUGCCAACUGGCCCAAAGACCGAUAAGUCCAGUGGAAAGAUGAGGAAACCUCAAAGGAACUCAGGAGUGCUGCUGUCAGCAUCUGUGGAAACUGUCUUUGUUACCACAGCCAUUCAGCUAGGCCUCUCCCUAGAAAGUCUAGCCAUGUUCCUGGAUGUAUUGCGACAUGCUGGUAACUCCUCUGCCUCCUCAGAGGCAUUGGGUUGGCUGAUGGUCAUUUCUACUGCUUAUGACCCCUUAGUCUCGGGCCCCGGCCCAGUUGAAAGGUCCAUGUGUGUCUUGCUGUAGUCAUCCUGCGGCUGAGUCAUACUGUAGCUACUGGCCCAGAUCAGUGGUGAAGGCCUGUUCGCCACCACCCUUGUUCUCCAUUAAGCUUUUCUUUGGCUUUUGGUGGGGUUUGUUGUUGUUCAACAGUUCAGCCUAAUUAUACCAUGGCAGAAAACGAGCCUUUUAUGUC